GGGGGAGGGAAAAAGAAAAGACUGGCCAUGUUCAAACACCGGGGGAAGAGCAUCAGAGAGAGGAAAACUUCCUGAUGAUUUCCCGCCACAUCCAAACCAUUCUGAGGAAAUCAACAACCAUUGCUCAUCUUCUGCAAAUCCAAUCUCUCAUCAUUAAAACAGCUCUAGAUUACGAAGAACAUCUCUUCUCCAAAUUCAUAUUAGCUUCAUGUUCUAUUUCACUGCAAUUUUCAAGGCAAUCAUUUGAUAAUUCGCCCAUCCCUCCACCGCUCUUCGCAUGGAACGAAAUGAUCAAAGCGUAUUCUAAGAGCCAUACACCAUUGGAGUCCGUAAGAAUUUUUUCGGACCUUCAUAGAAACGGUGAUCAUAGACCCGAUAAGUAUACUUUUCCUUUUGUGGUCAAAGCUUGCGGCCGGUGCUUCCAGGUCGGAGUCGGUUUGAGUGUUCAUUCGAUGAUGUUGAAGAUGGGUUUUGAUUGGGAUUUGCAUAUAUCUAAUACUCUUGUCAGGAUGUAUGGAUGGUUUGGUCUGAUUGGGUUUUCAAGACAAGUGUUCGAUGAAAUGUGUGAAAGAAAUGUGGUUUCUUGGAGCUCGAUGAUUGCUGCUUAUGUUCAUUGUAAUUGUCCUACGAAUGCUCUAAUGGUUUUCCAAGACAUGAUCGCAGCAGAGGGAAAGCCAAAUUCAGUCACUUUGGUUAGUGUUCUAGCUGCCUGUACAAGUAUAAUCAAUUUGAAAGUAGGGGAAUCCAUUCAUUCCUACAUUAUCACCAGUGGCAUUGAAUUUCAUGUCGAACUAGAAACUGCUCUCCUGGAGAUGUACUCAAAGUGCGGCUGCAUGUUGGAAGCCUUCCGCAUUUUUGACUCCAUGCAUUCAAGAAGUUUGCAAUCUUGGACCAUCAUGAUUGCAUGCCUUGCAGAUAAUGGCCUUGGGAAAGAGGCUAUGUUACUGUUUUCCGAAAUGGAAAGAACUGGCCUGCAGCCUGACAGCAAGUCAUUUUCUUCUAUCCUUUGCACUUGUAGUCAUCUGGGUCUUGUUGAAGAGGGCCAAAUUUUUUUUGAUAAAAUGGUGACAGUAUAUAAUAUGAGGCCAACCAUGGAACACUACGGAUGCAUGGUGGACUUGUUAGGACGUGCUGGAAAGAUUGAAGAAGCUUAUCAGAUUGUAAAAAACAUGCCCAUUGAGCCUAACUCCAUGAUUUUGAGGAGCUUUAUCAGUGCAUGUUAUAACCUUGGCUGCUUUAUUUGUGAAGAUAAACAUCUGCAGCAGCUUAUGCUCAAAAUAGAGCCUGAUCUUGGGGCAAAUUAUGUGCUUUCUGGCAGUGUGGACUCUUCAUCUGGUUAUUUGAGUCACAAUAACCCUCAGGUUUAUCAUGAAAGAAAAAGGUGUGAACAAGACCCUGGGUAGCAGUUGGGUGAACCUGUGAAGUUCCUAGUUCUGGGGAAUUUGGUUGGUAAAUAAUAUUUUGGAUCUAAACCGUUGCAUAUGAAAAAUAUGGCUGCUUUGUCUGUUAAGACAAAAAGCAUAUUUUGCUCAAAGUAGAGGAUCUAGUGCGACAAGAAUGUGCUUGCUGGUAGCCUGGAGCCCUGGACUAUUCUUAUUUGUCAUUCCAGUCUCACUAGUGACAUUGGGAUCACCAUGAGAGAAGAUUUGUUGACCCCCCAAGUCUCUCUAUAAAUCCUAGGAAAUUUGGCUGGGAAACUUGGCAGUCAUGUCGAAUGCAGCAGUCAUGCGAAUAGACCACUCAGUCAAAAAGGCUAAAGGUUUUUUUUUUUUUGUGCUCAAAUGGCUGGAGAACAUGGAUUUUACGAGUCUAGGGACCUUGAAUUAUGCCAGAAAAAAGAGAGACUUGUGUAGGACUAAGUGCUAUGAUUGAGAAGAGAUGGGCAGGGUGGUGCUAAUGAACGCAGAGUAUUUUCUAGCAUGGGUAAUAUGAGCAUAAUUAGAGUUAGGUCCAGAGUUUUAUCCAGAUGGCAUUAUUUUAUGAUGCAAUCUCAGCUCUUAGCGGAGUGCUCUGUACAGUUUUGGAAAGGCAUGAUUUUAGCUUGUACAGUUCGCGUCUAAAUGAUGAAUGGAAGUUAGUCUGACAUUGGCAAACUGAUUAGAAAAAUGCCUCCUUCGACAUCCAGCAGCAUUUUGUAAUGACACUGCAUUUCUGACAUUUUCGCUCUUCCAAGGCCUGUGCUCCAUUUUCCCGUUAUACUUGGCCAGGUACAACAUUAUAUCUCGGUUAGACUCACUGCUUCUUUUGAGCCUUUGCUAAGAAACCACUAGUAGAUGCCACCCAUUAAGUACACACAGGCUGCAGAGCUAUGUCCUAACUCUGAACAGCUAGUAGUUAUCAUCUGACUGAAGAAUAUAUCUGUGGUUUCAUAUACUAGAAAAGUGGAAGAUGUUUAAAUUUGAUGCAAACUGUGAGUUGAUUGUGUCAUCUGAGUUGAGUCAUGAAGAUUGAUUGUCUGUGAAAUUUACUCUGCCAGUUGUCUCAGAUUUUUUAUUUUAUUUUAUUUUAUUUUUUCUGUGUGUGUUUUUGUGUGCCACAAUGAGGUCCGGAUCAAUUUCUACAGUUUGGAUAACCACUUGGUUUGCGGCAAUCAUAUGAGCUAAGUUGCCCCCUGGUUGCAUUAUUUUUCAUUCAAAACAGUGUAACUGGAAAUUCAUCAAAGUCACCUUUAUCUUUUCUGCUUUUCUUCUGAAGGUAUAAUAAAACUUUGUUUUCUGCAAACUUGACUAAAAGAUUUAUGUCAAAUAAUAUCAUAGAAGUUGCAGCUGAUACUUCCAGUUAUUAGAUUUGUAGGAAUGAAUCCUUUAUUUGUUACUGAUAUGAAUUUAAUUCUCAUAGUUGAUGAGGGCACCUUGAUGUUUUUUGUGCCCUCUCGCAAUUAUUUAUUUGUUUUGCAAGAGUUAGGAAAAUUAAAAAGGGAAAGUCUAAAUGCUCCUAUCUGUUGGAUAGCUGUAAUUUUUUCAUCAUUUCCUCGGUAAUGGAUUGAGAUAAACAGAACUGUUUGAAUUUUGACUAGAGGUCUUUUAAACUUUGAAUACAUUGCUGAAAAGUUGUGAUUGGCCAUUGAUACCUUUCUGAUUGUAGCAUGGUGAGUUAAAAAGUAUAUAAAAUUGCAGAGUCUUAAGAUCUUAAGUCACCCAGCCUUAAGGAUACAACACUAUGGGUAUCAGAUCAGUAUAUUCCAUUGUAGGUCCAUAACAGAACAUGGACGAAAGAGAAACAGAACCCGAGUUAGAUAUGUGAGUAUUUGUUCUGAGAUAUUCAAGACUUAUUUGCUGCUGCAAAUCUUUCAGCACAUCCUUUCUUUCUCGGAUAUUGGCUGCUUAAUGUCCACAAGUUUGGGAGUUCUAAUUGGACAAAUAAUAACUAUAAGACGAGAUUGGUGUCAUAUUGGAAACAAACACUCCAAGAUUGUCAUAUAUUUUGGACUGUUUGUUGGGAAAUUUCCUCCCUAACCCAGAACAUUCAUCAUCCAGGUUCCAGGACCACAUGACUAUGAUUUGAACUUUGGUAGUGUAGCUUUCAGAUACAAGACUAUUAUGUUAGUGAAAUAAUGUGGUUUUAUCUGAAUGCAUUAGAUCUUAACAUUUAACACAUUCGUCAUGAAAUAGCAUUAUUUCACUUAGGCGGCACGGUUUGUAUACAUUAGAAGAGGGGGAUGAUAUCAUUUGCGUAUACAAAGAAGAUAAGGUAAUUGUAAUUUGUUUAAAAAGAAAACAUGUACAGUUUCCCUUGUGGAUCAAACAGCCUCCUCCCUAAACCAUCCAAAGGAAAAACCAAAGCUCUCUGAACGGAAUAUGUGCUUACUUUAAUCUCUAGUAGUAAUUGUUAAUAUGUUUGCCCCACACUGACUGAACAUUAAUUCAUAAGUUGUCCUAGUCUCAUGUGAUUCUCUAUGUUUCUGUUCCCUUUUAAAAUUCUAGAUUGCAAUGGUUCCUGGAAAAAGUAUUUCAUCUGAACGAUUUACAGCAUACCAUUCUGUACGUAGACAUGGUGCAAACCAGAAACAGAUUGGACUGACUUGAUGAUUCCAGUUCAUGCAUUGGAGCUGAUUAAGAACCACUUCUUGAACAGUAGCCACACCAGAAAAGAAUUUGAAUCUCCUUUUGAGAAGAUUUGUUUUAAUUUCCAUCAGAAGCUUUGAACUGCCACUAUAGUCUUCUAGUCAACCGCAGGUUCAGGUUCAUAUGUAUUUUAACCCGUUAACCACAGUUUCUUGCGCUAUUACCGCUGGUUCAUUACUGGUGAUUCGGUGUUAUGUGCAAGGCUCUAAGCCUCACUAGUCUCUCUGACAUGAACAUGAAUAUAUAAUGUGUGCAUUUGCAUUUUUACUGUCUUUUCAUAUAUGGAGAGGUCGUAUGAAAUCUUCUGUGUCUACUUUUGGGGACUGAAUCGUUGUUGAUUUUAUUAGUGAAACAAAGUCACUUACUUUAAACUAAUAUAUCCACAAACUAGUUUUAAUUUCAAAUCUUGCUCUCUUCUCCAAAGCUGUAGUAUUUUUAUUGGGUUUCUAAUCCUUACUGUGAUAACAUUGUAACUCUAAUUCGACAAAACCAUUACAUAUUUGGAACAUGAACUAGUAAAGCAUUGAUUUAUGUACAUGAACCAUAAAUU